CCUCAGCACAGACAACACCCCUGCAUUCCCACACAGCACCCACACUCAGCCACUGCGGGCCAGGAGGGCACAAGGCCAAGUUCCCGACAGCUCAGGAACAUGGAGCUCAUCCAGGACAUCUCCCGCCCGCCACUGGAGUACGUGAAGGGGGUCCCACUCAUCAAGUACUUUGCAGAGGCACUGGGGCCUUUGCAGAGCUUCCGGGCCCAGCCCGAUGACCUGCUCAUCAGCACCUACCCCAAGUCUGGCACUACCUGGGUGAGCCAGAUUCUGGACAUGAUCUACCAGGGUGGUGACCUGGAGAAGUGUCACCGAGCUCCCAUCUUCAUGCGGGUGCCCUUCCUUGAGUUCAAAGUCCCAGGGAUUCCCUCAGGGAUGGAGACUCUGAAAGACACACCGGCCCCACGGCUCCUGAAGACACACCUGCCCCUGGCUCUGCUGCCCCAGACUCUGUUGGAUCAGAAGGUCAAGGUGGUCUAUGUUGCCCGCAAUGCAAAAGAUGUGGCGGUUUCCUACUACCACUUCUACCACAUGGCCAAGGUGUACCCUCACCCUGGGACCUGGGACAGCUUCCUGGAGAAGUUCAUGGCUGGAGAAGUGUCCUACGGGAGCUGGUACCAGCACGUGCAAGAGUGGUGGGAGCUGAGCCGCACCUAUCCUGUUCUCUACCUCUUCUAUGAAGACAUGAAGGAGAACCCCAAAAGGGAGAUUCGGAAGAUCCUGGAGUUUGUGGGGCGCUCUCUGCCAGAGGAGACCGUGGACCUCAUGGUUCAGCACACGUCGUUCAAGGAGAUGAAGAAGAACCCUAUGACCAACUACACCACCGUCCGCCGGGAGUUCAUGGACCAUACCAUCUCCCCCUUCAUGAGGAAAGGCAUGGCUGGGGACUGGAAAACCACUUUCACCGUGGCGCAGAAUGAGCGCUUCGAUGUGGACUAUGCGGAGAAGAUGGCAGGCUGCAGCCUCAGCUUCCGCUCUGAGCUGUGAGAGGGGCUCCUGGGGUCACUGCAGAGAGUGUGUGAAUCAAGCCUGACCAAGCGGCUCAAGAAUAAAGUAUGAUUUGUGUUCAA